AAAGAUCCAAUUGACUCAAGCGACUACCUCCUCCAUUAUUUGUCGACUGUAGAACCCACCGCUGCGAGGACUAAUAUAUCUAUUUCGAGAAAUGGAUAAAGAGUCUGUAUAACCCGCCUACAACUGGCGCGUCGCAAACACCCGUCUUCACGUCUCAAUGCUCGAACCAGCACCACCAUGACUCAGCCAAACUCACCAGCGCAACCUCCACCUGGCUUCAUGAUCAAAGACUACUCUGCCUUCCCACCAAAGAUCCGCCUCUCCAUCGCCGACAAAGUAGCCAAACUCGAAAGAAAAGUCUUCCCAGCAAUCGAGCACUUCAACUACGACGUAGAACUCAAGAAAAAGAACACCGGACUAAUGUUAAUCUUCAAAGAAGACGACGCUGACAAGUUGAUCGGAUAUCUCGUCUACCAGCGAAAGAAGAGAUUGUCUUGGCUGCACAAACUCUGUGUCGUCGAGCAAGAAAGAGGGAGAGGGCUUGGUAGAGCUCUGAUACAUUGUUUUCGUCAUCAGAUGGAGAAGGGGGGCUGCAGUACGGUCUUUCUGUGGGUAGACGAGAGUCGUGCUCCUGCUAGAGCUCUUUACACGUCGUGUGGGUUUCAGCAGGCGGAAUGCCGGCCUGAUUACUAUGGACCGGGACGAACGGCUCUGAAGCUUGAGCUGUCACUCGACGACUGAAUAACCGAAAACCUGGACGUAGAGUAGAAGAGGCUGUCUCUACUUCAGUUGUAGCGAAGGUGAAUACUAUCAUCGAGAUGGAAUGCAUGGCCGAAUAUUCAUUGAAGAAUUAGGACAUCAACGUCCUUUCAUCCAUUUCACUAUUCUGACAUGCAAAACUCCAGAAAA